AUGCAUCCCUCAAGGAACGAAUCCUCUGCCUCCUCGUCUCAAAAAUGCUCCAAGGCGGAUCUGCUGGCAAAACAAUCUCCUUCAUUUGGCGGGCUGCCGCCGGAAGUCCGGGAUAUGAUCUGGGUAUUAGCCAUGCCUGAACCUCAAGUCCUACGCAUGAGCGUGCCCAAACUUCACGUCGGCCACGAGAACUUUACAGAAGACGUUGGGGAAAGCCUCUACGCGUUCCACAAAUCCAUAUACAGCACCUCCUCACCCUGCAUCCCCUUGAUCCUGCACAUCAACCAUGAGUCCCGCGCAGUAGGGUUGAAAUAUCUCAGGCUCAAUUUCCCGAACGCUGAAGCAGGCCCAUUGCCCCAGAGCUGCCGGGCGCCGGGCUCGACGUUCUGGAGUCCCGAUGUCGACACCAUCUACCUCCCUACCUACAGUCUUCCAGAAAACGAACCCGUGGAAGCGACGGGCGACUUGAGAGUCAACUCCUCCGUGCAUGUCUGGUGGGAUCACUCGUUUACCGGGCACUCUUUCCACCACUCGGCUCUAGAAGACAUGCAGCACCUCGCGCUGCCGUGGAGCACCAAAAUUGCGGGCGGUUUCGGCGUGCGGCAUGAUAUCUGGCACCAGCGGUUCCUAGGCUGGGGCGGGGACUGGAUGGCGCCGUGGCUGUACGGCUUCCCCUCCUUGAAGAGCGUGACGUUCAUUUACGAGCCCCGUCUUGGGUGGUACCGGCAUGGCAAGAUCCUGCUGCGAGACGUGUCUGACGACCAAUUGGAGAUGGGGGGGUGUCCGGACUGCGAGUUGCCGCUUGCACACAUGAUAGGGAAAUCACCGACCGACCUUAAAAAAGUCAUAGCAGCGAGAUUGGAGCAGGAAUUUCACGACAGGAAAGCGCCGGACGUCGAGAUGAAGAACGUGGUGUAUGGGGAAAGGCGAACGAGCCCCUUCUGUAUAAGAAGGAGAAUAGCGCGUAGUGAGAGAUAUGAUACGCCUUCGCGGACCGCCUUCGCGCUACGAGCGCUAGGCCUCUAA